AUAGUUAGCUCCCAUCACCCCAGACUUCAGAUUAAGUUAGGCUGCCCGCCCGCCCUCAGUCACUUCUUAGAAGGGGGCAGCACGAGAGAGACGUUCCCCCUGCUAGGUUCCUGUGGUGAAGGAGCGUUUGUGGCGGUUGACUGUGGGGGCCGUCCAAGAUGGCUGCCUUGGGCAAGCAAUGUAGCUCUUCAGGGCCUCUAAAGUGGUGGUAGAUAGAGCUCGGGCCUCUUGACCAGUGUGUCUCCAGCGUUGAUGCUGGUCGAGGAGGAGGAAUGAAAGUAUUAUCUUAUUUAACUCGGUUGUUCUCCGUGGUCCGUGGUCUUGAGAUUCUUUGGAUAGCUGGUUGCCUGUUUUUGUUUUUACUUUAUUUAACUUUUAUUUAUUUACUUGUUCAUUUUUGCGGGUCUCCGGAUUGAACGGAGGACUUUAUGUUUCCCACUGUACCGCUGAGAUUCAUCCGCAUAGCUUUAUAAUUUUUGUUUUUUGUAAAGACAGGGUCUCUCUCUGACCUUGAACUUGUGACCUUCCUGCCCCUAGAGUACUUGAGGUGAUAAGCAUGGACUUGUAUUUUUAAGUCCCAGGUAAUUCUCUUGUAAAUAAUUACAUAGCUAAAAUUGUUGAGGCUCUGAUUUUUUUUUCAAACUCUGCUUAAUAAGCCAGACUGUGAACUCCUAUAUUCCUACAGUUUUUUGUUUGUUUCUUUCUUUCUUUCUUUCUUGGUAUUGAUGAACACUGGAUGGUAGACCACCACUUUCACUGUUCCAAUGUUUUAAAGGACACACGUUGAUACUAAAACUGAAGUAUCAGAGGCAUUUGUAUGCUCUCGAGUGGAGACCAACUACAACUCCUGGUUCAGAGCUGAGGAAUCAACAUGAGUCACUUGCAGAACUUACUCUUAGAUACCCUUCUGGGGACGAAGCAUGUGGACAGUGCAGCCCUCAUCAAACUCCAUGAAAGGAGCCUAUGUGUGACAUCACCAGGAUUUAGUGUAAUGCCAAGUGAUGUUCGAACACUUGUGAAUGGAUUUGCCAAAAACCCACUGAUAACCCGAAGGGAAGGGUUGUAUUUCAAGGAAAAGGAUUACAAAUGUGUCCGGGCGGAUGACUAUUCUCUUUAUGCUAAGAAUGAGAAUACUGGUGUGGUUGUUGUGAAGACACAUAUGUAUCUUCUGGUGGCCACUUACUCUGCGGGCAUGUAUCCUAGUGUCUGUGUGGAAGCCACAGAGAAGCUGGGGGAGUAUCUAAGAAAAAAAGGAAGUUAAGUCAUCAACCAACUAGUGAAGACAACUUUAUUAUUUUGAAAGAAAAGUACAGAUCAUUAAGAAAAAGUAUUUUGUGAUUGAAAAACAGAGUGGAAGAUUAAAACAAAGACUGAGCUAAGGGAACAUUUUUUCUUAUUUCAAGAGGUCAUCAUCUAUAACUGGAAGGACCUGACCAGCUCUUUCCUUUUCUUUAAGCAUUGAUCACUGACUUGAAACCUGAGUGCAUUAAUGGUUUUUCACAGCACAAGUCUGUUGGGAGUCUCAGCUUCAAGUCCCCACACAUCUUGCCAGAUAUUCCAAGAAUAUAGGCUCUAAGCACAUGGAAGUUAGAGGACAGCUGUGGGAGACCUCCUACCCCACUCUGUGGGUAGUGGGAAUGGAACCCAGGUCUACGGGUUGGUGGCAAGUAAGCCCACUGAGCCAUCUCACCAGUUCUGCUAACGACUCUAUACCUAGGCCACGUCAGUGUCAUGCCACCUUUAAAAAUUAAAGUAAUUCUUCUCUCUGGGGAAAAUUAAAAAAAAACCUCACUAAGUGGUUUCCAUCAAAGAAGUAGAGUUCCUGAGUUCAGUGCCCCUUUAUUAAAAUACAGAUGGCAUUGCAUGUG